AUGGCUCCCUCACAUUCAUCACCGCCAGCUAGCGGGUCUACCGGCUUCUUCCAGCAGCCACCGCGCCUAACAAACGCCUUCGACGAAGACGAGGCCUUCAAGCGGAUCUUCACCUUCUACCUCCCUCCACCUCUACAACAAACCCUCAAACCCGAAAUUUCCAGCUUCGGAGCCCGCGUGCUAGAUCGCCGCGUGCUCGCCCAUCUAGCAGACGCAGAGCGCAACCCACCCUACCUACGCACAUGGGACAGUUUCGGGCAUCGUGUCGACGAGCUUGUCACCUCGGAAGGAUGGCGUGCACUCUCGGCGAUAGGUAUCUCAGAGGGUAUGGUUGCCAUCGCCUACGAGAACCGGUAUGGCCCGCAUAGCCGGGUUUAUCAGUUCCUGAAGUACCAUCUCUGGAGUGGAAGUAGUGCCAUCGUGACCUGUCCGUCCGCGAUGGCGGACGGGGCGGCGAGAUUACUGUCCAGACAGCUUGCGAAGACUUCUUCAGAUCAGCACGCUCAAGCUCUGGGUUCUACAGAGAGACAGGUCUUCGAGACCGCUUUCCGCCAUCUCAUAUCCCGAGACCCGAAAAGCGCAUGGACGAGCGGGCAAUGGAUGACGGAACGCCCUGGUGGUAGCGAUGUCCGCAACACAGAGACGCAGGCUACCUACACGCCCGGCUUCAGCGUAUCCGACAGCCACCUCGACACAGACAGCCAACCCCUCGGACCGUGGUCCAUCUCCGGCUUCAAAUGGUUCAGCUCAGCAACAGACUCACAGAUGUCAGUGAUGCUGGCAAAACUCCCCGACGGCACACUAUCAGCCUUCUUCGCGCCCAUGCGCCGCCAGAACCGACAAACCGGCGAGCCCGAGCUCAACGGUGUCCAGAUCCAGCGGCUCAAAUCUAAACUCGGCACCCGCGCCCUCCCAACGGCCGAACUGGCCCUGUCGCGCAUGCGCGCGUACAUGAUCGGUGCCCCGGGCGCGGGGGUCAAGGAAAUCAGCACCAUCCUCAAUAUCACGCGCGUGCAUAAUAUCGUCUCCGCGGUGGGACUCUGGGGCCGCGGACUAGCGAUCUCGCGCGGAUUUGCGCGUGUGCGUUCCUCUGGGGGAAGACUACUCCUCGACACGCCGGCGCAUGUGCGCACGCUGGCGCAGCAGCAUGUCGAGUAUAGGGCUAUGAUGCAUCUUUCAUUCCUGGUCGUGUUACUACUCGGCGUGUCAGAGAAUGGGGGUGUAACGGCGCAGCUCGACGCGCCCGUCCUGGGGAAUUCAUCUCCAAAAAUGGCAGCCCAUCUGCUCAGGCUGGUCACCCCGGUCGCGAAAGCUACUACUGCGCGCGCGGCGAUUGCCGGGUUAGCAGAGUGCGUGGAGUCUAUGGGUGGUGUUGGAUACUUGGAGAAUGAAGAUGCGGAGUUGAAUAUCGCGCGGCUGUAUCGCGAUGCUAACGUGCUGAGUAUUUGGGAGGGUACGACAAAUGUCAUGGCUGAUGAUGUGGUGCGCGUGCUCAAAGCCCGAGACGGCCCGCAGGUGCUCGAGAGUCUGGAUCAGUGGAUUCAGGGCAUUGCCUCUGUUGGUUCGGCUUCGUCCGUGUCCACGUCCGCGUCGAAGACACUCCGUGCUGCGUCCACCAGUCUGAAAGCACAUGUCCUCGCCCAGUCGGCGGAUAAUCUCCGGCUGAAUAGCCGUGCCUUACUUUCCAGGCUGGGCUGGCUUGUCUGUGGUGCGUUACUUGUGGCAGAUGCGGCGAGGGAUGGCGACCUGGUUGCUUGGGAGGUGGUGGCUCGGUGGAUGCAGAGGAAAGAGACGGCGUUGUAUGGGUUUGAGUUUUUGGAGGAUGGACAGUCUCUUCCGAGUCUUGCUGGUGGUGACGAAGAGUCUGCUCGGGGUGUGGACAUGGAUCGCCGGAUUGUCUUUGGGGAGUCAGUUCAGCUGUCGCAGCGGGCGAAGAUGUGA